AUGUCGGAAAGGCAGCAGCAGCAGUCCCAGACUGCUGACACCGAAGGGGCGAAAGCAGGACCAUCAGACAGUGCAUCCGCUCGUGAAAAUUUGCGUAGAGAGUUCCGCAAUCCGAUGUACCGAACUGCAGCAGGCGCCACACCUAAGAAGCAAGACCAGACUAAUUUGGAGUCACUUGCGGACGCCGUCGCGAUUAUACCAAACGCGAUGUACGUCUCCAAAGCAGGAGCAGACACCAACAGCAAGACGAAAUGGCUUGACAUGAGCAAGAAGUUCCUGAAAGUCAUAGGUUUCUUCUUCGCUCUGUCCAUGGCCCUGCUAUUUCCAUUAUUUGCAGUUAAGGUGCACACCCUAUCUCAGAAGGUGAUGAAGCUCAGCACAGUACAAGAAACCGAACUUAAGGGACAGCCAGGUGUAAGAGGGUCCAUGGGGCCAGCUGACUCUGUGCCUACCAGGCCUUCCGGACCGAGUCCAGGGGAAAGGGGGCCCAUAGGACCGCCUGGGCCACCGGGGGAAAGGGGACCACCGGGUCUCGUUGGACCGCCUGGUACUACCGUACCGUGCAAGCGCGAAGAAGUAUCUUGUCCCGGAGGUUUCUGGAAUGGGAACGGAAUCUGCUACAAGAUGUUCCACGACCCUCUGACCUUCAACGAAGCAGCAGCGACCUGCCGUCAACACGGCGGUACCCUCGCCAUGCCCCGAGACGCCAUGGCCAACGUCGUCCUAAGCUGGCACCGGGACACCGACCACUGGAUCGGGCUGCAUGACCGGCGUGUAGAGGGGCACUUCGAGUGGAUAGACGGCACUCCUCUCGGGGCCUACACCUUGUGGAAGCCCAGGCAGCCGGAUAACAGCGGGCGCGGGGAGGAUUGUGUCCACAUUAACUAUGGCUAUUGGAACGAUAACCCAUGCAGUUCACAUCUAUCCUUUAUAUGCCAAGUCAUCCCAGGUAUGCAUGACAAACCUAGGCGGCAGGCUGACCUCGGACCGCCACUGCUGAACGGCUCCCGGACGGUCCUCUUUAAAACACGUCAACAGACAGAUGGGGUCAAUGAAGGGACUCAGUAA